ACCAUUAACCGUUCUUGAUAUUAAUCAGUAAAUUUGGAAUUUUAUAUCCGUUCAUCUAACCUGCACACAUUUUAAUUAAUCUCAGAAAUUAGAAACCUUUAAUUUUAAAAAUUGAUGACUAAUGUGACCGAUUGAUUAAACUACAAAUUAUAAUAAUAGUUAAGGAUGCCCAAAGUUGAUUCAUUUCGAGAAGGUAUGUCAGGAGAUUCUGAAAGACACAAACAACAACAGCAUCUUUCUUUACUGAAAGAAGAAUAUGUUAAAUUGCAAGCAUAUUGCAAUGAUCUUGAAAAAAAAUAUGCAACUUUGGCAGCAACUUAUGGCGAUUGUAAUGAUAAAAGUUUUGUUUCUAGAUUAUUAAAAACAGUAACUACAUUAUACAACAAUACCCUUUACAGUGAUUUAAAUAUUGCUCUUUCAAAUGGUGAUGUUCCUGCUCAUAAAUUUGUAUUAUCAUCACGUAGUGAUAAUUGGGGAGUUCCAGAUCUAACUGAAAUUAGUGAGUUAGACUGGACAUCAUUUCCUUUGGAUGUAGGAAAAGCAUUAAUAAAGUGGAUAUACACUGAUCAAGUUGAUUUUUGCAAAGGCGAUAGUUUUACUUUAAGUCUAAUGAAAACAGCAGACACAUUUCUCUUAGAUGAUCUUGUUAAUAAGUGUGAAAAAGCUCUUAUGGCUUCUGUUAAUGUUAAAAAUUGUGUAAAAUUCUAUACAACUGCCGAUGAAAUAGGGGCUCAUACAUUAAAGGAGCAUUGCUCAAGUUUAAUUUCAGCACAUUGGGAUGAUUUUACUAGUGAUGAUUUUGCACAUAUGUCUGCUCAAUUUCUUUAUCAUAUGUUUAAAAGUAAAACUAAGUAUCCACUACAUUCUGCUGUUCGACUAAGAAGAGAAGAUGUAGUUUUUUUGUACAUAGUUGAACACAGCUCUCAGUUGACAAUAAAAAUCAAUGAGCUUGAUUACAAAGGUGAUUCGGCAUUAGAUCUAGCUUUACGUGAUCAUCAAACAAGUAUUGGAGAAAUGUUAUGUGAAAAUCAAGCAGAUUUAGAUCUACGUGACCGUAAUGGUUAUACAUUAUUACAUUUAGCUGUUCAAAGAGGUGAUUCGUACGCUGCUAACUUUUUAUUGUCCCAUGGUGCUUCAGUUAGUACAGUUACUCCGGAUCAAGGAAAUUCAGCUUUACACCUUAUUGCAAGUUCUUCUCCUCAUUCAGAAAGUAGUGAAACUGCUGCUGCCAUGACUGCUGUAGCAAGAUCUCUUCUUCAUUCUGGACUUGAUCCAAAUUUACCAAAUAGCAAAGGAUUUACACCUCUUCAUUUAGCUGUACUUGUUCAAAAUGAUGAUAUACUAACACUAUUAUUGGAGCAAACUCAAUCAGGAAAAAUUAAUUUAAAUUCUCAAACAAUAGAUGAUCAUACUCCUUUAUAUUAUGCGUUGAUUAAUACAUUGAAGCUAACAAAUGAAGAUAGUUUUGCUUCACGAUUGGUUAAAGCGGGUGCCAAUCCUAAUCCAAUAUAUAGAAGAACAUCUGACUCUAUGCUUCAUAUAGUAGCUGAAGAAGGUCUUGAAGAAGCAGCUCUUUUUAUAACAUCCCAUUGCAAUAAUAUAAACUAUACUAACAGAAAAGGAGAAAGUGCUUUACAUAUUGCAUGUAAAAAAGGAUUAUCUCGAUUAGUUCGCCGAUUACUUGAAUUUCAAGCAAAUCCUAAUUUACAGACAUUACCCCCUGAUAGCAUCAUAUUAAGUGCUGAUGAUGGCUUACAAACUUCAUAUAGACUUUCACCUUUGCAUACAGCUAUUAUUCAUAAGCAAGAAGGCGCUGUAAAUGCUAUUUUACAUCAUCACAAUACAAUUUUGGCUGAACCCAAACCAGAUUUUUCUCCUGUUAAUUUAAACUUAAGAGAUUCUUUAGGAGAUACACCUUUAUCCUUAGCUUUAAAAUCUGAUAUGCAACAUAUAGUUCCCGAUCUUAUUGCAGGUGGAGCUGAUAUAGAUAUGAGAAAUGGUGAAGGCAUGACCCUUCUUCAUCAAGCAAUUUUAAAAGGAGAUGAUAAAACUGCAUUGUAUUUAGUAAAACAAGGGUCUAAUUUUGAUACAAAAACUCAAGAUGAUCAAACACCAUUGGAAUUAGCUACAGUUGGUGGUCAAAACAUUGUUAUUGAAGAGCUAUGCAAACGGGGAGUUGAUAUGACUAUACCAGCUUCAAAUGGUGAUCCAAUUCUUUGGCUAGCUUUGACUGCUGAACAAGAAGAUAUUGCAUCUACUCUUGUGAAGUAUGGCAUUGAUACAGAUUCCUGGAGUGAAGGUCCAGAAAGCUGUUUACAAACACUCUUACAUCGAGCAAUUGAUGAAAAUUCUGAAAAUGCUGCUCGUUUUUUAAUACGCAGUGGCUGUGACAUAAAUAGUCCACGAAAACCUGGACCAGGUGGCCGAGGUGGUGAAGAAUCAAAAGAUCUAUCCUCUCCACUUCACUUAUGUUGUCACUGGGGUUUACAAAAUGUUGUUCAAACAUUAUUAGAACAUGGUGCUAAUGUUAAUGCAUGGGAUGCAGAGCAUAAGACGCCAUUACAUGUUGCUAUUAAAAACCAACAUAGCGGCAUAAUAACAUUGUUAUUAUGUCAUCCAUCAAUUGAUUUAACCAAGAGAGAUCGUACUGGACUUACUCCAUUUGCUGCUGCUUUAACAUGUCGAAAUGACAAAGCUGCUCGUUCAAUACUAGAUAAAUUACCAGCAGCUGCUGAACAAUUUGACAACAAAGGAUGCAAUUUUUUACACAUGGCAAUUCAAAAUGGAGACAUUGAAAGUGUUUUAUUUCUGCUGUCUGUUAAUGUUGACGUUAAUUCUCGAGUUCAAAAUGAAUUACAAACAACACCUUUACAUUUAGCAGCUGCAUCUGGUAAUGAAAUGUUGGUUCGCAGUAUUAUUUUGGCUGGUGCUAGGGUUAAUGAUCAAGACACUAUGAAGAGAACAGCAUUACAUAUAGCUAGCGAGACUGGCCAUGCCCCUAUAAUAUCUGCUUUAUUAACAAACAAUGCUAAUUUUGAUGCAGUUGACUGUGAAGGUCAAAAUGCUUUACACAUUGCUUGCCGUGAGGGACAUUUAAGUGUAGUACAAACAUUGUUAGGAGAAUCACAAAUAAAUGCUGAAGCUUUAACUUUAAAAGGCCGUAAUCCUUUACAUGAACUAGCUAAAUAUAGUAAGGAAAGUGCUGCAGCAAUUUGUGAAGUAUUUUUAGAAUACAUGCCCAAGUAUCCACUAGAAGUACAAGACGGGGAAGGAAACACUGCUCUUUUAUUGGCCUACGUUAAAGGAAAUGGGAAUUUGUGUAGAACACUAGUAAAAGCAGGUGCUUGUAUUGGAGCAAUGAACAAUGAAGGAAUCACUAUAUUUAAUUGUCAAAUGGCAACUACUCAAUUACUGUCUAGAUUACUUGAUAGUUUAACCAAAGAACCACCUUGGGUGGAAGGAUGUGAAGUUUGUCAGGAGUGUGGAUUAAAAUUUGGGUUUACAAUGAGGAAACAUCAUUGAGUUAAAAAAAAUACUUUUAUUUUAUAGUCGGCAUUGUGGUAGAAUGUUGUGUAGCAAGUGUUCUGGCCAAGAAGUUCCUAUUAUUAAAUAUGGACUAGUUAAACCAGUGAGAGUUUGUGUAUCUUGUUUUCAAGUUUUACAAGGAGCAUAAUUUUAAAGAAAAUUAUAAUUGUAUAUUCUUAAGCUUAAUAAAAUAAUAUUUCAUUAAAUAAAAAAGUUUUAUGAAUUAAAAUGAA